UGUGGGAGGGGAGAAGCGUUCAGGUGGGAAGGAGCCGCUUGGUUACAGUUGUGGGGAGAUACAGGUGUUAACUUCGGUGGGAGCCCAAGAGGCGGCUGGCGAGAACAGAGCCCCUCCCGGCCCGGGAUGCCACUGUCACGGCACACUGCAAAGCAAAGCGGUUUGCUGCUAUUCUUGUGUACUUGUAACGGUGAUUUGGUUGUUACUAAAAAUGAGAACGAAUAGUGACUGUGACCACUGAGGAAGAACCCCCCCCCCUUUUUUUUUUUAAACUGUGCAACAGAUCAGUGAUUCCCAGUAACCACUUAAACUCUGAGGGUCAGAGUUAUCCUUGUCGUUGAACGCACCCUGUCUUUCUGAGGGGGUUCAGACCAGAGAAAAAGUCUGAGAGCAUCUCUCAAAGGUACUUUGGUUACCUUGCGCACAGAAAUAGCUGCGUAAAUAAAAACCGAAUGCGCAGGCGACUGAGUUUCCCUCCUUGGUUUAGGCAGUUAGUCUCCCCCUGAAAGUUUUGUGUGCCCUAGGGAUGGGAACAUUUCCUAAUCUUUGUGUUGGCAGCAACACACUCAAUUCCCAUAGGAUUUAGAGGUAUCAGGCCUUGAUGUAGCAAAGCAAAACAAAACAAAACAAAAAUUAGAGAGGCUUGUUUGUUUUUUUGCAAGAGAUAUUUUCUGAGCUGCAUUCAGGAUCUUGUUGCUGUGACAAGUAGUAUAUAAAAGACAUAGCGUUAUAGCCUGGUUAAGAAACGGCAGUUACUAGAAUUGAAGUUUUGAAAUGCAGUCUCAUUUGUGUGCAUUAAUCAUUUUGUUAUAAUGUGCCUGAUAAAAACAUCUGAAGGAGGAUGUUUUAAUGAUUACAGAAUAUUUGAAUUUCACAUUAGUCAGAGUGAAGGAAUUGAAAUGUAUUGAGGCAUGAUCUUAUUUUGGGGGUGACUGAAUUUGAGAAUCAAAGUAAUUUUAGAUUUUAGGUGAACUUCCAGGAAGGGGUGAACUUUAGUUGAAUCCCACUCAGUAUCCUGAUGACUGCUUGAUUUUUUUUUUUUAGUUUCUCAGAUAAUAACAAGGAUGUUGGAACUUCUAUAGCUGGUCCUUUCUAGCUCUAAUUCUGUGAUUUCCCACCAGGAAAACAAAUAAUUGCCACUUUGCUGUCAAAUCUACCAAACUGAACACCAAGUAAUAUCUACUCUUGUGAGCAGAUCAGGGUUCUGCUAGAUGGUGCUAUUUGAUUUAAAGAUAUUUCUUCCAUUCAUUUCAAUUGGCAGCAGGAAUUCUUGACUGGUUUGCCUUAUGAACUAAAUAUAGGUGAAGAGGCCGCUUUUGGAGAAUUGACAAUGACUGUUCUGGGUUAAUUGUCGUUGCAUUAAUUUCUAGGUUAAUGUUGUUUGAAUCUAAGACAAACAUCGACGUAGGUUCUGUCUUAUAGAAUAAACUUAAUUUCAUCUUGGUGGGAGAGUUGAUCUAAUCUCUCGGUUUUUCUCUUUAUGUUUACUUGGGACCUUAAUGGCACUAUUCUGCAACAAUGUACUAACAUCUGAAGGUUAGCACUCUACGUAUAUGAAUAUCUGCUCCAUGUAGGAGCUCAGAAAUCAGCCCAAACAUUUUUAUCAGAGAUAAGAUGGGAAAAAAACAUCACAUUGGGGGAACCACCAGGAUUCUUACAUUCUUGGUGGUGUGUAUUUUGGGAUCUCUACUGUGCAGCUCCAGAGAGACGUGAAACAUGUGAACACUCAAGUGAAGCAAAAGCCUUCCAUGAUUACAGUGCUGCAGCAGCUCCCAGUCCAGUGCUAGGAAACAUUCCCCCAGGAGAUGGCAUGCCAGUAGGUCCUGUACCACCAGGGUUCUUUCAGCCUUUUAUGUCACCUCGGUACCCUGGAGGUCCAAGGCCCCCAUUGAGGAUACCUAAUCAGGCACUUGGAGGUGUCCCAGGAAGUCAGCCAUUACUCCCCAGUGGAAUGGAUCCAACUCGACAACAAGGACAUCCAAAUAUGGGUGGGCCAAUGCAGAGAAUGACUCCUCCAAGAGGAAUGGUGCCCUUAGGACCACAGUCUGACCCUUGGUUAUCAUUACAGAACUAUGGAGGUGCAAUGAGACCCCCACUGAAUGCUUUAGGUGGCCCUGGAAUGCCUGGAAUGAACAUGGGUCCAGGUGGUGGUAGACCUUGGCCAAACCCAACAAAUGCCAAUUCAAUACCAUACUCCUCAGCAUCUCCUGGGAAUUAUGUAGGUCCUCCAGGAGGUGGAGGGCCACCAGGAACACCCAUCAUGCCUAGUCCAGCAGAUUCAACCAACUCUGGCGAUAACAUGUAUACUUUAAUGAAUGCAGUACCUCCUGGACCUAACAGACCUAAUUUUCCAAUGGGCCCUGGGUCAGAUGGUCCCAUGGGUGGAUUAGGAGGAAUGGAGUCACAUCACAUGAAUGGCUCUUUAGGCUCAGGAGAUAUGGACAGUAUUUCCAAGAAUUCUCCCAAUAAUAUGAGCCUGAGUAAUCAACCGGGCACUCCAAGGGAUGAUGGCGAAAUGGGGGGAAAUUUCUUAAAUCCUUUUCAGAGUGAGAGUUACUCCCCUAGCAUGACAAUGAGCGUGUGAUCCAUUACCAAGUCUCCUCAUGAAAACCACAGUGAGUCAGCCCUUCACAGAACUACUACGGAAGAAAAUUAUUCAUCACAGUGUACAGUUAAACAAAGGAAUCUCAGUCACACCAAACCAACCUUUUUAUUUCCUGCUCUCUCCCCUCUUUUGUGAAGAAAGCGGGUCCAAACGUGAUUCAAACAACUGUACGGAGUGGCAUAUUAGAAUUGCCCUAAACUGAACUGCAAAUAAUUAUGUGUGUAUGUAUAUGUGUGGGAAAGAGAAUGUACUGUAUAUGUGUAUGUUAUACAGACAUAUACACAUACAUACAUUGACCCACAGGACAUUGUAAAAUAUUAUCACAUGACAUCUUAAGUAGAAAUAAGUAGGGACUUUUAUUCCAUCCUUUUUUUCACGUUUACAUUUUAAUUAUUACAAGUUGCUCCUGCCCCUCCCUGAACUAUUUUGUGCUGUGUAUAUCACUGCUUUAUAUAAGUUAUUUUUUAAGGUGAACUCAGAUGUUAUGGUUUUGUAAAUGUCUGCAAUCAUGGAUAGGAAUAAAAUCGCUUAUUUGAGAGCUUUCAUUAAA